CGGUAGACUAACGUUCCCCUGUCACUCCUGGCCUUACCUCGUGGGGGGUUAAGGUUGGAAUACCUUGUCGAUGGUUGGACCGUGGAAGUACCACACGGCGCAUCGCGGAGGCAGCCUGGGGAGUUGGGCAAGAGGAGGGUUGAUCCUAAGAUUGUGUCCUUGGAUUCUACAUAAAUCUCAGGUUUGGCCCUCCAAGUUGCCCUCGAUCGACAGGCUCAGUUACUCAUGUGUCGAUCAAUAACCUGUUAUGUGAUAUCUUCUUGAUUCACUACGUCGUUUUUGCUAUUUUCCUCGUUUUAUUCGCUGUUGUUGAUGCUGUGUUUUGUUCAGCUGUGGAAAGAGUUUCACGAAAUACGACAAAAAGUUUAUCACCACUUUUUUUUUUUUAAUCUGCAGCGCCUGCCUAUCUUACCUAAUCUACCCCACACACUUCGAUUCGCGUUUUGCGCAGGGUCCAACUUCCUUACCUGCCAGCGGCUGCAGCCGAGCACUAAACGAAGCCUAAACCAUAGUGCUGGAAAGCUCAAUUGGUUUCCCUACGUUUCUAAUUGGAAAUUGCAUCAUGGCAAAUAACGACCAAGUCGAUGGCUCCGCACGUGCUGUCCAGUAUUUAAAUCAAGACGCUACUCCCGAAAUAACCCAGAGACCCAAUAUUAAUGUCCCCCUUGACGUGAAUUACAACUUGCAGCGAUUCCUGAACCCACACCUCCACGCUGAAGGCCAACACCUAAGACCGCCGCAAUCUCCAACACCGCUCUCCGAAAAUGAGUCUCGCAUGCGCAUGACGUCAAUCUUGAGCUCUAUGGGGCUAGACACGCUGCCGAAACAGAAAUAAUGAAGAGUAAAAAUGAUCGGAAUUAUGACCUUAUCAUGCAUUAUGUUUUUUCAUUCUUUCCUAUCGUGUCAUUAUCAUUUAUGAUUGCGGUUUGGUUUGUUUUUUAUUUCUUGCAUAGCUGGUGGCGCUGAUAGGAGGAAUCGCAAUUCAUUCAUACAUAGGUCCAGACGGAACUGCAUCAGACGGAGGAAUCUUUUAGCGUUUCUAGCAUUUUAAGCAUU